AUGGAGUCCGCUAGCUACAGUUACGAACCACUCGCGUCAGAGUCUUCGUUUCGCCUUCUCCGCUUCAACCCGUCUCAGCCUUGUCCCUCUGGCGAGAAGCCGGAUUCAACGAUCAUAUGCAACGGCCAACCACUUCACGUUACGCCAAACGUAGUGUCCAUUCUACGAGCUUUACAAGGCAAAAGCUCUGUCGGAGUUUUAUGGAUUGAUUCUAUCUGCAUCGAUCAGACUUCGGUCUCGGAGAAGAACGUGCAGGUUCCCAGGAUGCGCUCCAUAUAUCGCGAAGCGGAAAGAGUUUGGGUAUGGUUGGGCGAAGGAUCCUAUGAGGUCAACACCACUUUCGAUUUCUUAUCGGAAUCAACGAGAGAAGCGCUCAUUCUCAAAGCCAAGAUUUGCGAAUGCCGUGGUCUCAAUGACGCGGUUGAUAUCAAUUUCAUCAUGGACAUUCUUCAUUUCCCAUGGUUCCAUCGCACGUGGCCCAUUCAAGAACUAGUCCUAGAGAGAGAAGCGGUCAUAGUCAGUGGAUCCAAAUACCUGUGGUGGUCCAGCUUUGUGGAAGCCCUUCGAAUCCUUCAGGAAGUGCACGAACACCACCAAAUCGCGGGGUUAGAUGGGAACUCCCUAUCUAGUCCGGCUUCUUUCUAUUAUGAGACGGAUUGCUAUCGCUUGCUUGAGAAUCUCUUGCGUCCUGAUUCCCAUCGAGGUUCCGCUGUCUCCACUGCUCUUAGAGUUGUGCGACAGAAAUUGUCGUCGGAUUCGAGAGACAAAGUGUACGGAUUGUACGGCAUCUUCCAAUACCUACGGAUUUCUGGCCUUCCUCAAGUGGACUACCGCCAAACAGUGCAACAAAUAUAUACAGACAUAACGCAAGCAGCCAUACGCGACGAGCGGUCGUUAACCAUCUUGUACCAAGUAUGUCUACCGUCUCUCAUCCCUAGUUUGCCUUCGUGGGUUCCGGAUUGGAGUAACUCGGCUUACAUUCUGCCCAUCUAUUCUGACCGUUGCUUUGCGUCGGACUCGCGCGAACCUCAGUAUUCGUUCAAUGGUACCAACCUGACGGUCUCCGGGGUUCUAAUCGACGAACUUUGCGACUUGGCUAUUUCCACCUCAUCCUGCACCCCAAAUUUCCGACGUGGGUACAACGCAAGGGUCAAUAUGAAAAAUAUUGAUGAACGGUAUGCAGCCGUAAUCGAGUUGGUUCGGACACUACAAGCAUGGGUUAGAUCCAGCACGCGACUCGAUACAUAUCCGACGGGCGAAACUCCAUUAGAAGCAUUUUACCGUACGGUGACUCAAAGUGCCGGCUUCGGUGAUGACAAGGACUGGACUCCAACCGCGUUUGCAUAUACGACAUUCUCGAAGUGGAUCUCCAUUGUGACCGCAAACUUUCCGAACAAUUAUGUCGAUCUCGAAACACUCCAUAGGGAUGUUCAGACCAGGGCCGCGUAUGAGCCGAUAAAGAGCGAUUACAUAGACCUCUUCGGAGGCAGCGCUAACGUAGAAGAAGUUUACAACCCCCAAGUAGCUAGACUUCAACACGAUAUCGCUCUGAACACCUACCACAGGACAUUCUUCACAACUAGGGAUGGGUACAUGGGGAUUGGUCCCCGCUGGUCCGAACUGGGCGACCAUUUCGCUCUAAUAGCUGGCUUACGAACUCCUUUCAUUGUGAGGAGGACUGGCCCCAACUACAGGCUCAUUGGACCUGCGUACAUCCACGGCGUCAUGAGAGGUGAACGAUGGGACGAUUCGCGAAUUGAGGACAUUACACUCGUUUAA